AUGGAACUUGAAAAUAAAAUCAGGAACAUAACUGUACAGCAAGAGGAAAGCGACGGAUUAGAGACAGAAACUCUGGCCCAUCUAAAUCGAGACGACGAAAAAACACCGCAAAUACUAAAAGUUUGCAGAGAUGCCGAUGAUCUACCUCAAAUUAAAGAAAACCUAUCCAAAUUUCAAAAUCACAUAAAACACAAUGAAAAUUUAUAUCCGUUAACACAAAUCGAAAAGAACCGGUACUUUUCAUUGGACAUCUUGGCCCUCAUGAAUGACAAGAAAUUCCUGGAACAAUGGCCAAAUUUCAAAGAAAACCUCAUAUCUAAUGCAGAAUAUACUUUAAACUGCCUAAGUUUGGCCAUGUAUAAUUAUAUUUAUAAAAUUCAUAAAAACACUGAAAGCGUUGAAAAGAAAAUACCAACCAUAAGAGCAAGGAUAUUUAAUUUGGAACCAGUAAUCGAACUUAGAGAUAUCAAUGCAUCAUAUUUUGGGAAGUUAGUCUCGCUUAAAGGCACCGUAAUAAAAGCGGGCCCAACAGAAAUCAGAUGCACUCACAUGGCUUUUCAUUGUCCAUUAUGCAAUAGCACUCAGCUACUAAAGCAACAGGAUGGUUGCUACACACCAUUGGAAAAAUGUCAAAUAUGUCGGAGUAAAGGAAAAUUUGAGCCACUUUACAAAUCUUCGGAUACAAGAACUAUCGAUUGGCAAAGUAUUGGGAUACAGGAAAUUGAGUGUGAUUUAGCAAUAGUUCCUCAAGUAUUUGAGUGUGUGUUGACUGAGGAUUUAGUUAAAAGUUGUCUGCCAGGUGACGAUAUAACAAUCUAUGGUAUUAUUAAGGCGAAAGAUUCAAACGACAACAAAGGCAAAAAUAAGCAAAAUUCAAUAUUAAAUCUAUAUUUAAAAGCAGUGUCUGUUUAUAACAACAAAAAUAAAUGUGAUGGGCUUCAUUCUAGCUCUUGUGACCGAAUUACAUUUACGCCGCAGGACUAUUUAGCCAUAAAGCAAAUACAUGCCCAACCCAAUCUUUUCCGCUACUUAGUCCACUCAUUAUGCCCAACGAUCUACGGCCAUGAAAUCGUUAAAGCCGGUCUUUUAUUAGCUCUGUUCCGAGGUACCAAAUCCAGUACCUCACGAGCCGAAUCUCACGUACUAUUGAUGGGCGAUCCAGGCUUGGGCAAAAGUCAAAUGCUGAAAAGUUGUGCUAACGUAUCUCCUAGAGGCGUUUAUGUAUGUGGCAAUAUCAGUACUACUUCAGGAUUGACCGUGACAAUGACUAGAGAAUCUUGUGGGGAAUACUCUAUGGAAGCUGGGGCCCUUAUGAUCGCCGAUCAAGGCUGUUGUUGUAUUGACGAGUUUGAUAAAAUGCCAACACAACAUACUGUAGUUAUCAAUAAAGAUUUGUCUCAACAAGGAAUUAGACAUUGGUCUCACCCUCAUAAAGUAUGCAGCAUGGGAUUGUGUCUUCUCGAAGCUAUGGAACAACAAACUAUCAGUAUAGCAAAAGCAGGAGUUGUCUGUUGCCUCCACACAAAACCUACAAUUUUGGUAGCAGCAAAUCCCGUUGGAGGGCACUAUAACAAAUCGAAAACCAUAGGAGAAAAUUUGAAAAUUAGCUCCCCAAUGCUGUCGAGAUUUGAUUUGAUAUUUAUUUUACUGGAUCAGCCCAAUGAGAGCUUGGAUAAAUAUUUAUCAAAGCAUGUUUUAAGUGCUCAUUUGACAAACAAAAAACAAUAUACUCCUAAAGAAUUUAGAAUGGAUAAUGAUGAAGAUGAUUACGGGCUAAGAGAUAAGCUUAAACUUGAUGGUCAGCCAAUAGAGCCUCUACAGCAUACAGUUUUUCGAAAAUAUAUUGCUUACUCUCAAAAAUAUGUCAACCCUAGACUGUCUAAUGAAGCCAGAGAGAUUUUGAUAGAGUUUUAUGUUAGUUUAAGAAAGCAAUUUGCUACUGGAGAUUGUACGCCUGUCACUGUUAGGCAGCUUCAAUCAAUGAUAAGACUUACCCAGGCUAGAGCUAAACUUGAAUUACGUGAAGAAGCUUCAGAAGAUGAUGCCAAAGAUGUCAUAGAAAUUAUGAAGUAUAGUUUAAAGGAUGUUUUUACCAAUCAGGAUGGUGAAUUGGAUAAAAGUCGUUCUCAAAUGGGGUCAGGAAUGAGCUAUAAAAAUCUGGUGAUGAAACUUCUGGAUGUCCUUCAAAGUCAAUCAGAAAUCCAUUCCAAAUCGUUAUUCACGCUUCAAGAAAUCAGAGAAGCCAGCGAAAAUAUUGGUCUUGCAAAAGACAAAUUCUUUCGCACUCUAAGUUCGCUGAACAUGCAAGGUUUUUUGUUGAGUAAAGGCAGAGAUACAUACCAGUUGAAUUCGGCAUAUUUAUAGUGCAUUGAUAUUCUUUAUUGUAUUCUUUUGAUUAAGUUUUAUAUUGCAGCACUUUAUUUAUUGGGUUUUAUCUAUUGUUUCUGUCAUAUUUAAUUCUUUCAUUUGUAACUGAGUCUCGGUCCUUAAGUUUGAUUUCUUAUUUUUGUUACAACAGAAAAUAAAAUUAUUUUUUUACUGGA